CUUAAAGCUCAUUAUCACAAAAACAAAUCCUUUUGAUUAUUAUUACUGAAAUAAAAAGCAAAGUGAAAAAGGUUUUAAAAACUUUUAUUUUCGCUCUUCUCCAGAAACAUUCCGUUUCAGAUAUUUUUGAUUUUUGAAUUUGUUUUCGCUCUCUCUCUCUCUCUGCUUAGAUUAGAUCUGUUCCUGUGAAUUGAUUCUCUGUUUCAUCGUUUGCUCACGCCGCCGUUUUCGCCGGAGGUGGAAGCUCUCAUCGCCGUUUCGAAAAUGCCGGCGAAUGAUGCUGAAUACGAUCUCAAAGUUUUAUCUCAAUCUGCGUCAGCAGGGGAUUACACAUUUGCGAAUGAGGAUAACUUGGAGCAUUGUACGAAGUAUUUGAAUCAGACGAUGGUUACAUUUGGAUUUCCCGCCUCGCUCGAUCUCUUUUCGAAUGAUCCUGUUUCUAUAUCAAGGACCUGCAAUUGUAUGUACUCGUUGCUGCAGCAGCGACAACGUGAUAUAGAGUUUAGAGAAUCUGCUAAUGAGCUGAGACAGAGACAGCAAUCGGAUAUAGCUAGACUUGAAGCUAAAGUUGAGAGGCUUGAAGCGCUACUCCAACAGAAGGACAGAGAAAUUGCAACAAUUACCAGAACCGAAGCCAAAAACACUGCAGCUUUGAAGUCUCAGAUUGAAAAGUUACAGCAGGAGAGGGAUGAAUUCCAAAGGAUGGUGAUUGGUAACCAGCAAGUGAAGGCUCAACAGAUACACGAAAUGAAGAAAAAGGAGAAGGAUUACAUUAAGUUGCAGGAACGGCUGAAUCAAGUGUUAAUGGAGAAAAAGAAAGAAUCAAGAUCUGGAAUGGAGAUUAUGAAUUUGCUACAGAAAGAAGGGAGGCAACGUGGUACCUGGAAUGGCAAGAAGACUGAUACCGACUUCUAUAAAAAGAUAGUGGAUGCGUACGAAGCGAAAAAUCAAGAAUUGAUGGCUGAGAACACUAGUCUAAGAGCAUUACUUCGAUCCAUGCAGACAGAUAUGCGUGAUUUCUUAAAUGCUCCAAAUGGGUCAGCUACAUUGGCUGGAAGUGAGAAACGUGAGGCUGAUCCUUCACAAUCUCCACUGGGUGGGAAGACGGACGUGUUUGAUCUACCUUACCGGAUGGCUAGAGGUCAAAUAGAAGAAAGUUUGCGUACUAAGAUGGCUUCCAUAAAGGAAAGCAUGGUCCAGUUACAAGAUGCACCUAAAAGAGCAUCUGUUACAUCUGAAGCAACAGAGAGAGAGCUUGAACUCGAAGCUCAGCUUGUCGAGGCAAGAAGCAUAAUCCAAGAACAGGAGUCCAUAAUGUCGAAACAUCUCCCAAAAUCAGAGCAGCGAAGGGAAUCUGUAGCUUCGUUGGCAGCUGAGGGAGUAUGAAAAUGUCUAGGAGCUCAAAAUCAGUGGAUCCAAGUUGCUAAAAGAGACUUGUCGCAAAAUGUAGUCGUAGUACUGUAUUCACUACCACCAAAACUCUCCUUGGAUAUCUAAGUGAUGUAUAUUCAACUUUUAGUUGUGACAAAUCAGAGAUCUUUUAUCCUUUUGGGAUAUCAUAAUCUUAUUAUAUGGUUGUCUAACGCCAAAAAUUCAAGGUUCGUAGUCUCAAUUACAUUAUCAUGUCUAGUAUAAGUAUGAAAUUAGUAAUCAUACAGUAAGUCAUAGAGAUCACCAUGUUCAUUGUUCCAAGUUCCAACCAAACUAAUCAAAUCACUUUGAAAACCAUUUCAUGAUUU